AUGGGUAUGAUGAAGAAAGAAGAAGUAAAUGGGCCUUCUCCGCCAAGCUCUCUUCCCGAAGGAGAUAAGGGAUGGGAUUUUGAUCCCAGUGGAGCACCAGGAGCAGUCCCCAAAGAACACUACAUCCAAACCACAUUUGUCCAUCGAAGCGAAAGCAAGCCAGAAAAGAACUAUGCUGCUUUGGUGUUGUCAAAGCUUGGAGAGCUAAGCGAUCGUUUACGUCAGCAAGCCCGUGUAACCGUCGAUAACGAAGUCAUCUCCUGUGUAGACGACUCAGAACAUUAUCGCUGUGCCGAUUUUCAACGAGAUCGUACGUAUCACUACCUGGUCGUAGAAGAUUCGUCAAAGGGAGCGUCUGUCUACUCUUUGGAACAGCAUCUGAAUGAAAAAAAUCCAGGGUCAACAGAGAUGGCGUUACUGGAUGCCCUUUCGCGUCACUCUCCACAACCUCUUACCAUCUACGCGUCCGAGGAAGCAGAACACGAAGUCGGAUUCGUACGACAACUCUCUGCAGAGGAGCUGCAAGCCGUAACGAAGCCGCGUCAAAUCGACUCUGAGCGGUUCAGCCCCAGCGAACUCAACCUCAUCGACACGGAUCUCUUGGAGUUCAGAAUGAUUUCUGGUCCUUUCAUUGAAUUAAAAACUGAGGAAACUAUGAAGAACGCGAAGAAAGGGCUAUUAUUCGAUUCAUCUCCGUCUCCGGUGAUCAUUGGAACAUUCCCAGAUCGAGAAUGCUCAGAGUUCCAGCAUUUUUCCAUCGCAGCUGAUCGACUUCACGGGCGAUAUCACAUGGCUAUCAUGAUUAAACCAGGAGUCACUGCAACUGUGUCAGCAUAUCGCCCUAACGAAAACAGGAAACGGCAAGACUAUGAAGGCAAAUUUGAUCCAGUCUCUCUCAUGGUGUUCAUCUCGAUUGCUUCGCUUCCAAGCGUGAUUGAUAUUUCGCAUGGAUUCACUACAAAUUUGCUCUUUCGACAACCUCGCCUUGUUGCUGUUCUCGUCGCUUCUACAUCAUUCAGUAAUUCAUCCUAUUUUUCGCUGGCCACAAAGAAAGAUGCACGAAAAUCUGUGAUUUUCACAUUCAUGAACAGAGAUCAUGAGUUGGCGGAAGAGGUGCUCAACCAAUUCAACCUCAAGUUGCACGACAAACCUCAAGUGAUUCUACUCGAUAAGUUACGCAUUUACCAACUGCUUCUGAACACAACCACUACUGCCGAUGAAAUUUGGGAGUGGAUUCAAAGUAGAGAGACCCCGACAGCUCUGCUGUCUGUGAGAGAUCCGCAUCCGUUAAGAGUCUUGCAGAAAGCCUCUGUCGAUCAUGUGUUCACCUCACAGAACACUAUUAUUCUGCCAGAUGAGACACUUUAUCACGAUUUGGUGGAAUUCACAAAUUCGCGGUCAGAGUUCUCCGGAACGACGAGCGGAGGAUGCCCGUUCAUGGCCAGUUCCAGAGCGGAAGCAAUACAUGAGGAGCUAUGA